ACCGUUUCCUCUUCCUUCUUCCCUUCUCCUGCGAGUUGCCGAGUUGUGACUCUGGAGCUGUCGCCUGCGGCCUGCCUCUCCGUCUCCGUCCACGUCGCGUCAUAAAUCCCCCUUUCCGAGCCCCGACCUAGCACCUACCCCCGCCACCCGCCCAUUCCAUUCCCCAAUCCGACUGGUGCACGAGCCCCGAAUCCACUGUCGCAUUUGUUGGCGGCCUCUAGCUCCCGCUACCCUUUCCGUCCCAGAGAGGCGGUCGCCUUGCGGUAGGCGGAAGGGGGAUUUAGGUGAACAAGCAUCUUGAUUUUUUGACCAAUCUUUGCUCUACCCGCCUUGCGGUCUUCGCCUUUAAAUCUCUGGAGGUGGGAAGACUGACGAGGCAAAGGCGAAGGCAAGAACGGUCGUUUCAAGGCUCCUGCUGGAACCAUCAAGUGUUCCGGUGGAGGGAUUGGGAGUGGAGGGGAAAGGAUCGUAGAGGUUGUUGUUUUACCUCGUUUUGCUAACAAUGUUGAGGCAGAGCUCUAGUAGAAAUCAGAGAUCCAAAGGUCUGAAGCUGAAGAAAGCUCUUCAGAUUAGUCUCUUGCUUCUGGUUUCUGUUUGGUUGCUCUACCAAGUUAAGCAUUCUUAUGAGAAGAAGGCAUACAGCGAAGAUGAAGUGAGUGGUUCACAUAAAGAUGACAAGGACCAGGGAGAGACAGUCAGACUAGGCAGGAAGGAUCUGCCUCCAAAGAUGGAGGCCGACUCUUCAACAUUGGAUGAACGGGUUGAGGAUGAAGAGAAUGAUGAAAUGGAGCAAGAAAUGAAACAUGAUGAGAACGAUGAUGAUCCCAUCGAUGAGCAAGACUUGGAGAAGGAUGAGGAUCUUCCUGAGCCUGGUGAGCAUUCUUCUGAAAGGGAUGGAGAUGUGGGUGUGUUUGAUGAUGAAGAGCGGAAGGAGCGGUCACAGGAGGAUCAAGAGAAGAGCUUCCAUGGUGACAAUGUUUCUAGUGCUGUUACUCAUGACCCCCCAUCAUCGGAGCAAGAUGAGCUGUUCCAUCGUGGCCAAGAGAAGGUCUUAUUUGUGGAUGAUGCUUCAACUGCAGUGCCUAAUGAAAAUCACGAGGCUGGAAACGAGGAUGAAGUGCGCAGGGCUAGGGAAAGGAGCUUCAGAGGUGAUGAUGUGUCAAGCUCUGUAGAUCAUGACGGCAAGGUGACAAAACCUCUCCCAGAGGAACAAUUGAACAUCAUGGAUAGGAUAUUUGAAGGCACCACAAACUUAUCUAAUGGAAUUUCAUUUCGAGCUCCUGGAAUAAAUGGAUCAUAUACCACCGCAGGCAAUGUGGCUACACCAACGAAUUCAUCUUCCCAGAAAAACACAGACAUUCCUAGCGAUGACAUUGAAAGCAAGACCCAUCCAUCUCCAACAAAUUUGACCAGCAACCCUGAGCAAACUAAUUCAACUUUGAAAGGUCAUCCGGAUCAACAAGUGAAUUCAAUGGCAGUGCUCGGCAACCAAGUACAGCCUUUGACUAACCAGACGUCGCUUGAGUUGGAUUCUCCUCCAAAUGGCACCUUGGCUCUGGUAACAGAUGCCAAAAAGUCCACAUCUGGAGCUGGAGAUGAUGGCAGCAACAGCACCUCACCCUCCACUCAUGUGGACAAGAAGACGGACGGCGGAGAUGGUCCCAAAGAAGACGUGGAUGUGUCCACUAAAAUAAUGAAUAAGGCAAUUAGUGAAGAUGAAGUUGUUCCAGAGUGAUAAGGAGAUCCAAGAUCUCGUGUCAGCUUCUGGUGUGACCUGUAAGUUUGUAGGACUUGGUUUAUCUCCUAGACCUGGAGAUGCAAUGCAAGCAGGCUAUCUUGUUGCACCCUUUUUUUGUAUAACUAGUAACUGGCACGUGCCCUACGCUUGUAGAUUUUUUUUUGCAAUAUAAGUAGAAAAAAUCGCAAUAUAAGUGAUAACAGUGCUAUAUUGCUUGUAAGAUGCACAUUAAGUAAGCUAUUCAUAUAUAUUACAAGAGCUAGAACAAAGGCUAGUUCCGACUGA